AUGGGAAAGAAAUGGGCUGCAAAAAGGCAGAGUUUGUGGGCACCAGUGAGUAAUUCAGCCUUGAGUAGAGAGGAAAUCAUAAGUGAUGUGCCGAAUGGUAUAGAUAAAGAUCAGUGGGCUCAUUUUAUCCAAUAUCGUCUUAAACCAUCAACACAGUUCCUGAAAACUGGGAAGCAACCAAGUCGUGCACAAUUAUACAUCGAAACCCAUAAAAGAAAGGAUGGAUCCUUUAUCAAUGAUGCAGCAAUGGGUGUAGUGGAACAAAUUGAAGUGGGAUUGACACAAAGCACUGUUGAUGAGUCUCAAGUUUCUCCUUUUGAUACUGUUGGUAGAGUGCUAGGGGUAGAGCGUCAUGGGAGAGUGCGAUGUAUGGGUUUGGGAGCAGUUCCUACUAAUACAUUCAAGAACAGUGGACUUCGACUAUCAAGUUUGAGCUUUUCUUCAUCCGGUGCUACUUCAUCUUCUUCUAGGCAGUGGCAAGAGAAGUGUACCAAUUUAGAGAAUGCAUUUAAGGCCUACAUGAUAAUGAAGGAAGGAAAGAUCCCUGAAGAAAUGGCUCAAUUCUUUGCUCCUGAAUCACAUGUAAAUGAUAUUGGAAGUACAUCCAACAUACAUUCGGAUGAAAGCGGAUCAUACAAUGCUAGCAACAUGUAG